AUGGACGCUCCACGGACUGCGUCAUCAGCCCCGACGUCCCCUCCAGCCCACGAUGCUAUAGACCAUCCGUCGAUCGCCGCCGUCGGCGGUGAGCUUAAGCUUCCCCCCUUCUGGACCAAGAAUCCCCGGGCCUUGUUCUCCCAAGUUGAGGCGCGAUUUGCACUUCGGCAUAUUUCGUCCCAACUUACCAAGUACCUGAACGUUGUGUCCGCGCUGCCCAUGGAGAUCGCCGACCAGGUUGAUUACCUCUUGGCUUCACCACCGCCUGACAAACCCUACGAUCGGCUGAAGGAGGCUAUUCUUUCCCGCAGUGAAUGCACCGAGCAAUCCCGGCUCCGCCAACUUCUAUCCGAGGAAGAACUGGGCGAUCGGCGGCCAACCCAAUUACUGCACCGAAUGAAGCAGCUCCUCGGAGACUCGGCUGAUACUCAGCCCUCGACCCUGCGGGAGCUUUUCCUCCAGCGGCUCCCACAGCAAGUCCGCUUGGUACUGGCCGGAUCUGACGAGGUCUCUCUCGAUAACCUUGCCCAGUUGGCGGACCGCAUGAUCGACUACUCCGCCCCAUCUGCGCCACCUUUCACACGGGCUGAGAACAUCGCGGCUAUUUCCCUGUCUGAUCCUACGCUCCUUGCCCUACAAGCGCAAGUCAAAGAGCUUACGGACGCUGAUGCCGCUAUGCGCGCAGACCUUUCUGGUCGCCCACGUUACCGACGCUCUCAUUCUCGUCGGUGCCCAUCCCCUUUCCGCAGCCCGGCCUCCCAGGCGGAUCUAUGCUAUUAUCACCAGAAGUUUGGCGACCGUGCCCUCAAGUGCACUCAGCCGUGCUCCUGGACGGGAAACUCGGGGGCCAGUCGAUAG